AUGAACGCGCGCCCUUACUAUCAGACGGGCGCCGCUGGCCAACAGGGAGCCAAUCAGCGGCCGCGAUGGCAACAACCGAACCCUGGCGUCGGAAGAGCCGCCCCUUCGUAUCAGUCGGGCUAUAGGCCGCGCGGCGGAAUCGGAGGACAGGUUCCACAGCGCGCGCCAAUGCCACGACAGAUGGGAGCGCCGGGCGGCAGAGGCGCGCCGAGGGCGCCGUCGCAGCCGCGGGCGUCGUUCCAGCCGACCAAGUUCCAGCCGCAGCGCUUCCCCCAGGCGGGCAUUAGUGUGCCGGGCCAGGAGCCGCUGACCACUCAGAUGUUGGCCGAAGCGAGUCCUCAGGAGCAGAAGCAGAUGCUGGGCGAGCGCCUCUUCCCCGUCAUCUCGGCCAUGCAUCCGGAUUUGGCGGGAAAGAUCACGGGAAUGCUGUUGGAGAUCGACAACUCGGAGUUGUUGCACAUGUUGGAGCACGGCCAGUCGCUCAAGGCCAAAGUGGACGAGGCGGUGGCGGUGCUGCAGGCGCACCACGCGAAGGAGAUGGCCGCGAAGAAGGACUGAGCGCGCGCCGAAGACAAUACACAAAAAAAUGGAAAAA